AUGGCAGAGGAAUUUGAUCCUAAAUUGUGGAUUUGUGUAUCCGAAAACUUUGAUGUGAAAAGCCAUUGGAGCCAGCAUUUCCCUGAAGGUGCUUCUCUUGAAGCAAAGUGGAAUACAAAAUUUGUUGAAUAUGAGAAGAAGUACGCAGCCAAGCUGAAGGCCAUCAUUUAUGGAGAACUUCCUGUAGGAUGGGAGAAAGUUCUGCCGACUUACACUUCGAAGAGCAACUCAAAUGUUACUCGGAACCUCUUUCAGCAAUACCUUAAUGCCCUUGCGUCUACCCUCCCUGAUUUCCUUGGAGGAAGUGCUCAUCAUGCUUCUUCCAACAUGAUAGUAUUGGAAAGUUUUGUGGAUUUCCAAAAGACUACUCCAUGGGAGAGAAAUAUUGAGAACAAAAUUUUCGAUCCAGGAAUCUGUCUUCUGCAACGACCUCUUUUUCAAUAA